AUGACUGAAUUUUACGACCUAGGCAAACACUGUUGUGUGGAGACAUGCAGACAAAAGGAUUUCCUUCCUUUUCAUUGUCCUCAUUGUAAACAAUAUACCUGUUCCAAACAUAGAGAAUGUUCCUCCCAUCAAUGCCCGGCGUUUAAUAUUGAAACAGAAUUGAAGAAGAGUGAAAUUCCUCAAUGUCCGUUAUGUGGAGUGUUUGUUUCCAAGCAAUUUCCUCUGGAAGACAAUAAUUUAGUGAUUAACCGACACAUUGAGAGAGGAUGUCAAGUUGAGAAACGAAAAGACGACAAUUGUUCCUUCGGAGGAUGCAACGAAUUUCAAAUGUGUAAAUGCAGUCAUUGCAACAAGUCCUAUUGUUCAUUUCAUAGACAUGCCGAGGACCAUCAUUGCACUCACUUGAAGAAGAAGAUUGUCCAACAAGAGCGUAAACAAGUGGUUCAAACAUCCACAACAUAUCAACUAAAAACAGACGAACUCUCUCAAUCUAAUAAUGAGCUAUUAAGGAAACUCCACAAUGAGAACCAAGCAGAAAAGAACAAGCAUAGCACCUCCAAGAUGUCACCAAGUGCAUCAAAACCAACAACUCCUAACUCAUCACUUCCCUCUUCAUUUGUCAUUCCUUUAAAAAACAAACAUCUGGAUGAUGCAGAUGCUGUAAAAACAACAGUUUACAUCACUUUAGAUUCAAAAGGAUUGCCCAUGAAGCUAAGUCGAUUAUGGUCGGUGGGCAAAGCUCUUGACCUUAUUGCAGAUUAUGGAAAAAUUAAGAAUAACAAUCACAAACUGCCUCAAGAUUCUGACGAUCGACUCCAUUUGUAUAAAUUGAGUAACGGACAAGCAAACGCUCUUCCAAUAUCGAAGAGAAUCGAGGAGGUGCUAUCUAAUGGAGAUGUUAUUAUUUUGGAUUCUCAGCGAAAUACUCAAGUUGAGCCCAACAAAUUGUUAAACCUAAUUCCUAUUCAUCCGUGUGCAAAAGAAGAGGUGUCCUUUAUUGAAAAACUAACAAGAAACUACAAACAAAUAUUCUCUCAAUAA